AUGGAUAAAGAAGGAAAUGCCAUUCGCAAUAAGAAAUGUUUGGUCGUUAAAGGUUAUUGUCAAGAAGAAGGAAUCGAUUUUGAAGAGAUAUCCGCACCUGUGGCUAGAAUUGAAUCAGUGCGCAUAUUUCUCGUCUAUGUUGCUCAUAAAAACUUUGAAAAGAAGGAGGGUAACCAUUUAAUGAUUGUUCAUAUUUAUGUUGAUGAUAUUAUUUUCGGAUCAACUAAUCCCAGCUUAACUGUUGAAUUCCGAAAAUUAAUGGAAACAAAAUUUGAAAUGAGUUCUAUGGGUAAAAUUAACUGUUUCCUUGGAUUAAAUAUAAGACAGAGUUCGGAGGGAAUAUUCAUCAAUCAAGAAGCUUUCACAAAGACGUUAUUGGGAAAAUUCGUAAUGGUGGGUGAUUCAAAAGUCAAAGUCCUUAUGGCAUUCGGAACGAAACUCACUCCUUCUCUUGAUAAACCAGCAGUGGAUAUCACCUUGUUUUGUCAGAUGAUCGGAUCUCUGUUGUAUCUAACAUCCAGUCGUCCUGACAUAAUGUUUGUUGUCUGUUACUGUGCCAGGUUUCUAGCGAAUCCUCGAGAACCUCACAUGUUGGAAGUUAAGAACAUAUUAUGGUAUCUAAAGCGAACUACUUCUCUUGGUUUAUGGUAUCCAUCAAAUUUUGUAUUCUUUAUGCAAGCAUACUCCAAUGCUGACUUAGGAGGUAGUGGUCUUGAUCGGAAAAGCACAUCAGGUGGAUGUCAGUUUCUGGAUGGCAAGCUUGUUAGUUGGCAAUCUAAGAAACAAACAUGUGUAUCCUUAUCUAUAGCUGAAGCAUAA